UUUGCUCCCUGGACCGAGUGGGAAGCCAAGGGGCCUUGUGGUCCCUCCGCCGCGACCCUCGGCCCUGGCCCCCGGCCCACGCAGCCAGGUGGCUGUCCCCACCCCAUUCCCCGGCCCUUCUGUUGGGUUUGAGUAUACAGCCCUCCUGCCGCUGACCAUACAUUCAGGAUCAGCCCCUCCUCCUCUCCCACCCCUCCGUCCCCAAACCCGCCGGCAAUCUCUGAAACCAGCUCUUGUCCCCUUGGGCCUCCGCCAUUGGCUUCUCCCCGCCCCCCAACACACAACUCAGCCUCUUGGGCCCUGGCCCUAUGACACUUCUGGCAGACUUUGCUCCCUCUUCCCUGACCAUCUCCUGCGACCCUCUGACUUCCUUGGUCCUCCUCUCUCUCUGACCCGUUAUCUAGCUUCCCUGUACAACUACCCUGUUAGCACCUUGCUCUUGGUCUUUCAUAGCUCCUCUCUCCCCUUCCUCCCUGCAGCCCUUGACUUGGCCCCAAAGACCUGUAGCUUCGGCCCUUCAUACCGCACUAUGGCUUGGCCCCUUCCCUUUAACCUAGGCCCUUCACCUUCAUCAUCUGUGAUCACUAGCCCCGUCUUCUUGGCUCUUCUUAGACCUGGCCGCUUCACCACUUCUCAGCCCCUUCCACCCUUGCUUCUCCCUGUGCAGCUGAGCCGCCAGGAAGACAAAGCUCAAUAGACCCCUUUUCCCCCCAGAUCUCUGCAGUGUGAUAUGAAAAUGCCUCUGUACUUCAGCUGCACUGUCUUCUCAGUAGGUAGUUGGCUCUCUGUCUCAGCAAGUCCCAGUCUUACCCAUCCUGCAAAUCUUAGGUCAAAUACCUACUCUUCCAUGAAACUGCUCAGCCCUGAUCUCAUCAGGGAGAUAUACCUGUAUCAUGUGAACUUCAGUGGUACUGUUUUUAUUUCCUUCCUUCCCGUCUUCUCUCCUUUUUUCCUUCAGUACCAGUGUAAUGGUUAAAAGCACUGACUUUGAAGUGAUGGGCAUAGGGCCCAGUUCUGCCACUUACUUGCUGUGUGCCCUUGGGCAAGAUACUUAAUUUCUCUGAGCCUCAGCUUUCUCAUCUCUAAAAUAAGGAUAAUGUGAAGUGAAAUUAGAUGAUUCAUAUAUGGUGCGUAGUCCACAGCUUAGCACUUGAUAUGAGCUUAAAAAAAUGUUAAUAAUGUGCCAGGUGCUGUGUUAGACACUGAGGAGUGGGUACAAAGGUGACUAAGGCACAGUUCCUGCCCCUGAACUUAACCUUCUACAUUGUAUGACUAUUUCUGGAGUUCACGUCUGUUUCACUACACUGUAUCACAAACUGUGAGUGGUAAUCAUAAUCCUAAAUCCUUUUGCUCUUACAUUGACCUAGCAUCCAGCCCCAGGUAGAGCUGGAGCUUGGUAAAUUAUAGGUUCUCAGAAUAGCAGUUUUGGAAGUGAGUGGAGGCUGAAUAGCUCAUUGCGUGAGAUACUGUAGCUGUAGGUCAGAUGGGAGCAGGGCAGGGGGUGGGGGAUGGGAUGGUGGCGUGAAUUAAGAUCACAUCCUGUCACUUAUACAUUCAAAAGACAUUUGAGCACCCAGCUUUAUGCUGCAGAAGGAGAUUACUAAUAUGACCCAGUCCCUUUCCUCAAGUUGCUUAUAAACUACUAAUAGAAACAGACAUGUUCUACUAGUAGUUGCAAACCACUAUAAGCCAAGCACAAGAUUCUGUGACUGCAUAAAGGAGAAAGUAGGCAGGAAUCAGGAGAUUGCUGAGGAAAAGUGGGUGAGACAGUUCAUGGUUACUUGUGUCCCAUGAAGACAGAGCUGGUGUUUUAUUCAACUCAUUCAACAAAUACUUACGAAGGAUCUACUGUAUAUGGCUGCCACUACUCUAGAAGUCUUGGUUACACUGGUAAAUUUAAAAAAACAAAAACAAAAACAAAGACACCAGCUCUCAUGGAACUUAUGUUUUAGGGAAGCAGACAAUAAAUGAUAGACAUAAAGAGAAUGUCAGAAGGUAAGAUGUGCUAUGGGGCAGGGGGCCUGGGAGUGUGGGAGUGAUUUUAAUUUUUUAAAGGAUGGUUAGGAAACAGUGUCUAAGUAUCAAGGAAUAGUUUCUCAUGUUUACUUGCAUUUUUGGAAAGCAAAUCAAUUAUUUUUCAUAUUCUUAUCUAAAUUCUUCAAGAACACUAACAGGGAUUGGUAAACUACAGCUCACCUCCUGUUGCUUUAAAUAAAGUUUUAUUAGAACACAGCCACACAUUCCUUUAUGUCUUGUCUAUGGCUGCUUUCAUGAUUCAUGAUACAGUGGCAGAAUUGAAUAGUUACAGCAGAUAUCCCAUGGCCAUAAAUAUUUACUAAAUAUUAUCUGGCCCUUUACAGAAAAAGCUUGUCAAUCUCUGGUUCUUAAAGAGUUGAGGUUCUGUCUGUAUUUCACCUUUUACAACGUUAUAUACAGUUUUAUGCUAUUUUUAAGUUAAAAGUUUUUUCUUAACGAGAUCAUUUAAAAGAUCUUUUUCUUGUAUUCUUCACAGGGCCUGGAUGUAGUGUCUUCAGCAGUUCUAACAGCAGCUGCCAUUUGCUGAAUGACAGCAUGUGUCACACACUCUGCUGAGUAUUACAGGCAUUUUUUUUCUAAUACAAAGUCUUGUAGUGUGGGGUUCAGAGAUGGGCAGUGAGAAGGAGCAGAGUCCAGAACCACACCUGCCUGAGGAAGGGGAAGGGGGUAAGCCUUGGAGAGUGGAUGACUCAGAGGGUUCUUGGAUCUCACCUGGGGAGAAGGAGCAUGGGCAAGAGAGCCUGUCGGAUGAACUGCAAGAAACUCAUCCAAAAAAGCCAUGGCAGAAAGUCACUGUCCCGGCUCGAGAGCUAGGGGACCCCAUUGCUCAUCCAAGGCAUGAGGCAGAUGAGAAGCCCUUUAUAUGUGCCCAGUGUGGCAAAACCUUCAAUAAUACCUCCAACCUGAGAGCACACCAGCGGAUCCACACUGGUGAGAAGCCUUACAAGUGUUCUGAAUGUGGCAAGAGCUUCUCGAGAAGCUCCAACCGCAUCCGGCACGAGCGGAUCCACCUGGAAGAGAAACACUACAAAUGCCCCAAGUGUCAGGAGAGCUUUCGGCGGCACUCAGACCUCACCACGCACCAGCAAGAUCACCUAGGCAAGCGGCCAUACCGCUGUGACAUCUGUGGCAAGAGCUUCAGCCAGAGCGCCACGCUAGCUGUGCAUCACCGGACCCACCUGGAACCAGCACCCUACAUUUGCUGUGAGUGUGGGAAGAGCUUCAGCAACAGCUCCAGCUUUGGCGUGCAUCACCGCACCCACACAGGUGAGAGACCUUAUGAGUGCACUGAGUGUGGGCGGACCUUCAGCGAUAUCUCCAACUUUGGAGCACACCAGCGGACCCACAGAGGGGAGAAGCCCUACCGGUGCACUGUGUGUGGGAAACACUUCUCCCGGAGCUCGAAUCUCAUCCGCCACCAGAAAACUCACUUGGGCGAGCAGGCUGGGAAAGAUUCCAGCUGAAGGAGAGCCCCAUUUAGAGUGAGGGAGAGCGAGCGAGAGACCCUAACCUAUUGGAGGAAGAUCUUUAGCAUCUUUUGCUGCUACCUUGACCUCGAGCCCUUCAUCCCGCUUUGGAGAAUGGUUUUGUAUUGCCUCUGAAGUCAGGAUCUCAGGAAGUCCUGAGAAGGGACUCUGGAGUAAAAACCCUUGCCUCUCUCCAGGCCAAUUUCUCAUGUUGUAAAGUCAGAGGACCCAGUCUUGGCUUCACUUUCUUGGGGUGAAAAAGAAAUAGGGUAGGCUCAGAACAUGCUCAUGUCAUUAAGGCGGCAGUCCCCCUGGCCUUUGAGGAAGUACCUAUGAGAUGGGUGUCAUUGUCUGAAGGUUCUCCAAAUUGUCUGUGAACUGCUUAGGUAGGAGUGCACUGCAGUGUCCUGCUAGUUCCCACCUGUUGUGCCCCAACUUUGCUUCUAGAUCUCUAGGCUGGGAGGAGUGACCUUCUCAAUGGAAGAGGCCUCCUUGGUCUGGAGAAGAGAUCUGAGGUCCCGCCUUAGAAAUGAAAGGGAAACCCUCAGGGAGCCAUGACCCAGGGACCUUCACACUCCCCCAUGUUUGUUACUUGUUAUCCCUCCCCCAACCUGCCUCUGUUUUCCCCAGAGUGAUUAGCAGUAAAACCCUUCAAUGAAAA